AUGUCUUCCACUCUCGCCACCAUCUUCGAGCGCGUCCCCGUCUCCACCCUCACAGAAUCCACCUCACAAAUUCGCAUCCGCAGCCCGUCUUCCAUUGAACUCUCCAACGCCCAGCACGCAUACGAUGCCGAUGUCUCCGACAACAACCUCGUUCCAUCCCGUGCACCCACUCCAGACUCACACGAAAGCACCAUUCCCGUUGACGAGCACUCUGAGUCCCACUGGGACUGGAGCAGCGCCAGUGCCGAAGAAAAUGAACGAAGAUACCGUGAAACCACUUACCUCCAGCGAAUCACCAAAAUUCGCAACGACUACAGUGCCUGCGAGCUCCUCUCGCAACUUGCCAAGGAAGAGGACAAUGCCACGAAGAUAUUUGCAAGGACUGUCACAAGUUUCCACGCCCUCAACAAACAUUUUACCGACACUCAUCGCGACGCUGCAAACUUGGAGUCGCCGUCACUCCCAUCGUAUGAGUCCAACCGCAACAUCUCCACCAAGAAGUUGGUCCGCUUCGCCUCCCACGACAAAUCCCUCGACAUCGUCGAUCCCGGCUGGACAUCUCCGAGCGCGCUCUCGGAUUGGACGACUCCUGCAAAGGUUUCGAAGAGGCAGCUCAAGCGCGAACGCCGCCACUGCCGCAAACAAUCCAAGUCACUCAUAAUCGCCAAGAAAGCUCUUGAGGAUGCAGUCGCGCAAGUUCAGGAGGAGAUCUGGGCUCUCAACUAA